AUGGCGAAAAGAAAGGCCGCCCAGGCCUCGCCGACUCUACCUUUGGCAUUGUCUACCCCUUGGACUUUCCUUCGGCCCACCGACGACCUCUAUAACCUCGUUGCAGACUCUGCAAAACGGAUUCUUGACCCGCUUGCUGCCUCCGUCUUCGAGGAGCAAUCCGCCCGCCGACAAGCCAACAAGAAGCGCAAGAGAUCUGAGAUUGGCCUUGAUGCGCAUCCGUCCCUGCAGCUGAAAAACCUCUACGUGGAUGGUUUUACCUCGAACCAAAUAUGGGAACAGGCGAUCAGGAUUCUCGACUCCGCUGGCAGUGAAGUCGAGCGCGAUGUUGCGUUACUCGCAGAGCAUCGCGGGUAUAUAUCUUCAGGCGAUGAGGAGCUGUCGGACUCAUUGGAUGUCUCCGACGCCGAGGGUACCGGGUCCGAAAGUGACGACACCGACAGUAUCUUGAACGAUUUAUCCGAGAACGCAAGCGAAAAUGAUCUUGACAAUGAGAUGGACAACAACCUCGAUAGCGCAGAUCAGGAGGACUCUGAAGCCAUAAGUGACAUCGACCAAGAAAUGAGCGAUGAUGUCGCUUCAGUGCAUUCAACCGAGGAAGACCCUGGUACCUACGUCGAGGAUAGGUUCGGGUUGAACGACGGGUUUUUCUCAAUCGAUGACUUCAACAAACAAUCUGAGCAGCUGGAAAGACAAGAUGCGAAAGGUGGUGCCGAUGACGACGACGAUGAUGACAGCGAUGAGGAAGUGGAUUGGCAUGCAAAUCCGCUCCUUGCCGGAUCCGCCAUGCCUAUUGCCAAACAGAAGAAAGAAGGGCGACCGGAUAAUGACGAUGACAUGGAUGACAGUAGUGAAGAGGACGGACCGACAUUCGGCAAUGUCGAUGUAAAGGGCGGCUUCGACUCUGAUGAGGAUGAUGAGGAUAUCUCGCAUGCUGGGGAUGCAGACGUUUCCGGCUGGAUUGAUACAAGCGAUAUCAAAUACGCCGAUUUCUUCGCGCCACCACCCCGAAAGGCAUCUUCAAAGAAGGCGCGCGCACUCCCCAAGACACAACCCGCCAAACCAAUCAUGGAUGAAGAUGUGGACCGCGCGAUGGCUGAUGUCCGGCGUGAUCUGUUUGACGAGUCUGAUGAAGAGGAGGAGGAGAAGGAGGGUGACGAAGUGAACAAUUCGGGCGAUGCACAGAGUCAAAGAUCUACCCAUGAGAAACAGAGAGCCCGAAUUGCGGAUGAGAUACGACGCCUGGAAGCGGCCAACGUCGCCAAGAAAGACUGGACGCUCGCCGGUGAAGCUCGAGCGGUCGAGAGACCUAUCAAUUCUCUCAUUGAAGAGGAUCUUGACUUUGAAAGAGUUGGCAAGCCAGUUCCCGUGGCCACGAAUGAAACCACAGAGGAUAUUGAAAAGCUCGUCAAAGCACGCGUUCUUGCCAAGGAGUUUGACGAAGUGAUCCGGCGUCGACCAGGCGCUUCUGAUGCCCAGGCCCCGCGAAAGAGCCGGUUCGAGUUGGAGGACACCAAGCCUCAGCAGAGUUUGGCCGAAAUGUACGAAACCGACCAUUUACGCGCUACAGACCCGAGCUACGUCGAUUCAAAAGACCGCAAAUUGAUGCGUGAGCAUGCAGAGAUCGAUAGUCUCUGGAAAGAAAUCAGUUCGCAGCUCGAUACUCUCUGCAACUGGCACUACAAGCCCAGGGUGCCCCAGGCAAGCAUCAACGUUGUUGCCGAUGCCCCAACCAUCAUGAUGGAAGAGGCGCGCCCUACGGCUGGCAGCGCGGCCGGUGGACCGUCGGCACUUGCACCCCAGGAGAUUUACGCACCCGGUGAUGACGGUCGAGUCGCGGGAGAGGUGGUUCUCAAGACUGGCGCCACCAUUUCCAAGGACGAGAUGACCCGUGAGGACAAGGCUCGGGCUAGACGGCAAAAGAAGAGUCAGAGGAGGACCAAUAGCGAGCCUACCCGGCAAACCGGCAAGAGCGCCGAGAAGCAGCAACUCGUAUCGGACCUGAAGAAGGGUGGAGUUAAGGUCAUCAACAAGGAGGGUCAGGUUACAGAUAUGAGUGGAGAGCGAGUUGGAGCAGAUGCCAAAAACAGCGCUGAUGCUUUAAAAUUGUGA